CAGCUCCUCGGCAGAUCCCUGCUCCCUCCUCUGCAGGCCUGCCCUUGACCGACAGUAUUGCAUCGAUAAGUUGUGCUGCAAUUACAGCUGCGAAGAGCUUCAAGCCGACCGGGGUCAUACAUCUACUUGAACUACGUCUGCGAAAAUGUCUCAUCAGGCAGAAUUUGAGAAGAUGGCAGAGGAUGUGAAGAAAGUGAAGACGAAGCCAACUGACCAGGAGCUGCUGGACCUGUAUGGCCUUUAUAAGCAGGCAACUGUUGGAGACGUAAACACUGAUAGACCAGGAAUGUUGGACUUUAAAGGAAAAGCCAAAUGGGAUGCCUGGGAGUCCAGGAAAGGGAUGUCCAAAGAUGAUGCCAUGUCGGCCUACAUUGCACUCGGAAAGGAAAUCAUCAGCAAAUAUGGCAUGUGAGGCUUGCAAUAAACUGUAGGAGCUGAAUUAAGUCUACUAACUCACGUACUAAAAGAAUGCUGCUGACUCUAUAAUGAUUAGCCUUCUCCUUUCAGAGACCACAUUUUGCAGGAUGUUUUCUAUUUCUUUUUAUGAUUUGACUUUUUUUUUUUUACAUAUAGUAGAUUGUCCAAAUUAAUUUGUACAACUGAACAACUUCUAUGCAUACUUGAAGGUUAAAAAUCUGAAAUUCACUAAUUGCUAUUUUGUCUGAUUCAUGUCGUUUACUACUGUAAUCUGCAUGUGCACAGCAGUAUACUGUUGCAGUAGAUGGAUUUCUAAUCAAAAGAAGAUAAACUAAAUGGCAUCAAAUGUGAACUUACUGCACAAAUUUUGAAAAUAAAACCUCUUUCCUAA